GUCCAUUGGUGGGCAGCGCCGUAGUAUUCAUGUUUCCGCACUCUUCAGUCGUAUAAAGCUGCCCUAUAUACUCCAAAAAUCAACAACCCGCUCCUCCAUCUUCACUUCACUUGGAUUUCGGACCUUCACUGAGACGAGGAUUGUUGGGUUGAGGGGCCAGUAAUCUCAUCCAUUCAACACAAUCAUUGAUAAGCCACCGGAAACCUAGUCAUCGCUACUGUAAUCAUCUACAUAUUAUUCAGAUCUGUUGUUAGGUACCUGUACUUACAUACUAAAUGGGUCAUCAUAACAACCGCCACGUCACCACCGCCGCGGAUGGCGUCUCUCAACGAGUCAACAGCCCUCGUUUCUCGGGCUCAAUGACUCGCCGAGCCCUAUCUUUCAAACGAAAUAACACCACCCCCACUACGCAAAACAGCAGCGCCCACCAGGAGAUUGAUCUCCAACUUAACUCGCCCAGAUCUGAAAUCAAUAGUAACCCACUUGCCGUUGAUGGGUUUCAGUCAGUUGGAGAAAAGAAACAGACCCGUUUUAGUCGUCAUGUCAGAGAGAGAGUAAAUGUAAAGAAGGCUGUUGGUUCCGUUGUUAGUGUGGAUUUGGGAUUGCGAUUGAGGGGGAAGAAGUUGGGACAUUGGAUGUUCUUGAUAUUUUGUGGGGUGUGUUUACUUUUAGGAGUUUUGAAGAUUUGCACUGUUGGGUGGUUUGGAAUUGCAACUGAAAGAGUUUGGUCCAAUAAGGAUUUAUCCGACUCCCUGGUCACUCGUCCAAAUCUAAGGGAUAAAAGCUCUCACAAACACGGACAAAGGGAUGGAGAAAGUAAUGUUGCUGUUGGAGGAAAUGAUGUGGAACGCACUCUAAUGAUGGUAGGAUCAGGUGUAGUCGGUUGCCAGAACAGCAAGGCCGAUUUUUUAGGCAUCUGGUUCAAGCCUAGUAGUGAGAAUUUCACUCAGUGCAUUGAUCAGCCCAAAGGUCACAAAAAGCCAGAUGCAGAGACAAAUGGUUAUCUUCUGAUUAAUGCGAACGGCGGCUUGAAUCAAAUGAGAUUUGGGAUCUGUGAUAUGGUUGCAGUUGCUAAAAUCAUGAAGGCAACUCUGGUCCUUCCUUCUCUUGAUCACACUUCAUACUGGGCUGAUAAAAGUGACUUCAAAGAUCUAUUUGAUUGGGAACACUUCAUUGAGGCACUGAAAGAUGACAUCCGCAUAGUCGAGACGCUACCACCUGCCUAUGCUGGAAUUGAACCGUUCAAGAAGACACCAAUAUCUUGGUCUAAGGUUAGCUAUUAUAAGUCAGAGGUCCUCCCCCUUCUGAAGCAGCACAAAGUAUUAUAUUUUACCCAUGCUGAUUCGCGGCUUGCCAGCAAUGGUCUCCCCACUUCCAUACAAAAGCUAAGGUGCCGUGUAAACUACAGGGCAUUAAAAUACUCAGCAUCAAUAGAAGAACUGGGCAAAAUAUUGGUUUCAAGAUUGCAACAAAGCGGAAGCCCUUAUCUUGCUCUCCAUUUGAGGUAUGAGAAGGAUAUGCUUGCUUUCACGGGCUGCAGUCAUAAUUUGACCACAGAAGAAGGCAAUGAGCUCCGUAGGAUGCGGUAUGAGGUCAGCCAUUGGAAGGAAAAAGAGAUUGACGGGUCAGAGAGAAGGCUGCUUGGUGGCUGCCCGCUGACUCCAAUGGAAACUGCACUUUUGCUUAAAGGGCUGGGUUUCCCAUCCACCACUAGGAUAUACUUGGUAGCUGGUGAAGCUUAUGGAAAUGGAAGUAUGCAGCAUCUCAUGGAAAGUUUCCCAAAUAUCUUCUCACAUUCGACUCUUUUAACAGAACAAGAACUCAAUCCUCUCAGAAACCACCAAAACAUGCUGGCCGGUCUGGACUAUGUUGUUGCCCUUCAGAGUGAUGUUUUUGUUUAUACCUAUGAUGGUAAUAUGGCAAAGGCAGUUCAAGGUCACAGGCGCUUUGUGAACUUCAAGAAAACAAUCAAUCCUGACAGCAGGAAUUAUGUUAAACUAGUUGACAAAUUCAAUGAAGGAAAAAUUUCUUGGGAGAAAUUCAGUUCUGGAGUGAAGAAACUUCACAGGGAUCGAGUUGGAGCUCCGUAUAUGAGGGAACCUGGUGAAUCUCCAAAACUGGAGGAGAGUUUCUAUGCAAAUCCCUUUCCUGGAUUGAACUGUGACAAGUGCACUAGCUCAAAAGAGGAGGCUACAUGUGUUAUCCCAAAUGCAACUUAA